GUUGGUCAAAGGAAUGACCAACAGCGGUUAUACAAAAUGGAGUUAGAAGGCUUCCAGAUUAACUUCACUUUUCACUGGAAACAGGAGCAAAAAAUUGUUUUCUAGCCUGUUUGGGUCUGAUGGAACAUGAGACAAAGGACAGGGUUUGUAUGCAGCUUCUACUUGGAUGGCUACCCCAAUGAGUGUUACCUGUUUGUAAUCUAUGUCUUUGUGCCGCUUGUUAACUUCCUUUGGCAUUUAACUUUUCCAGAUUCUGGUUCCCACUGAUGUGGCUAUGGUAAGUAUACAUAAGACAAAAUAAUGAGGUGUGUAUGCAUGGUGGGGAUGAGGGAGUGGUAAAAACAAUGACUGUCUCAAAAUUGUGUAUUCUGAGCUUGGUGAGAUUUACUCCACUUCUGGCCCUAAAGUACUGAGUAGACUAGCAGUCCUGGAGGCUGAUAGGAUAGUACAAAGGGUAUUCCCCUAUUAUAAGAUUUUCCAGUUUCUUUCUUGCUACAAGAUUGGUGGUGGUAAACAGGGAAGGUGUAUUUGUAUACCUAGAAGACUUAAAGAGGGCUCUGCCAAAGCAGGAUAGUUAGAGUCUCAGACUAAGACCAUGAGUUUGAAGACACUAGAAAGAAAAGAACCUGUCUAUAAGCAGUUGCUUGGAAUCUGAAGCUGAAGGCUGUCCAUUGCAGAGGAUGUAGCUGUUUCAGUCACUGUGGCCAGGGUGACCAAAAUGGGCCUGAAAUAAAAAAAUUGUAAAUUGUGGAAGAAGUAGUCAGGAAGUCUACCGGGUCUCUAAACUGUAAAUCCUGAUCUGCCAAAGGUGACAUUAAAAGAAGAAUGUCUUUAAACAAACAAACAAAAAAAGAAUCUUCACAGAGGGAGGAGACUGCCAAAUGUUACUACGACUCCUGUUGUGACAUUAAACUCUUCCUUGGGGAAAUAACAUAAAUUAUCACUGACACUAUGAGGAAGACUAGGGGGUGGGUAGCACUUCACUUAAAAAAAAAAACCAACAACAAAAAACCACCAAAAAACUUUAUUUAUUUAUUUUAGAGAGUAGAUGGCCGAGGGGGGUGGGGCAAAGGGAGAGAAUCUUCAGACUUCCCGUCAGUGCAGAUGCCAAGGUGGGCUGGAUCUCACAACCCUGAAAUCACGACCUGAGCUAAAACCCAGAGUCAAAUGCUUAACCAACUGAGCCACCCAGGUAUCCUCCCCUUUUACCUGCUUCUUAAACAGCUUCACAGAAUCCAAGCUGGAACAAACCAGCUGCUGCAAUAUGUAUUUGGCACCCCGCCCUAACUGCGUGUCCAUUCCUCAUUUUCUAACCCCCACACAAUUUUCUGUCCUUGUUUUUCCACUUUAUGCUGAUUAGAAACAAAGUAUUAGGAGUUUAAAGAAUUCUGCUUUCUUUUGUAUUACUGAAUAACGUAUGAUGUAGAAAUGUCAAGCAAACAUGUCCUGUAGUUAGUGCUAUAAAGGGUUCAUGAAGCGCAUUUGAAACAUCUGAAAUACUGAGGUCUAGAAGGGUACGGACUCACUUUUACUAUACUGCUCUACUCCUUUUAUCUUAUACUGGGCUGCUUACCUUUUCCUAGUCCUUGAAGAUUCUCUGGUUCAAAUCUGUGAUUCAGAUUAAACUUGACUAAAAUUCAGGGAAAAGCAGAAUGCUGCACCAAAAACAGACUUACAAAACAGAGUAUUUACCUUCCCUUUUGGGUCUCCAGGAAAGCCUCUUGGCCUGGCUCCUACUAGGCAGCUCUGUGGCAAAGGCCAUUUCCUUCAUAUCAGUAAGGAGGGCCCUCAACAUUUUUUAACUCCUCUAAGUUCAAACCCUGAAAAGCUAAACCCACAAGUGCCACUUUCUACCUAUUCUAUGUUCCAAGUUUUUUGGUGUGAGGACCUUCUUCCUCUAUGAAUGACUGAUAAUGAGAAUCUCUUAUUUAAGGAAAACUCUCCACCCUACCCAACAGAGUAUAACCUUAUUCUAUGGCCAUAAAAAUAAUCCUAUCAGAGUACAAGAGGCAUAACAUCUAAAUUCAUGGUUUAUAGGAAAGGUAAGCUGGAGGGAGGGAGGAGGCUUCACUCUUUUAACACACAGCUCAGAAGGGGGAUUGGUAGCCCCUGGUCUCACUUGGGUACAGGUGUCACCGAUAUUGUACGGCAUGAGGCACUGUGGCAGAUUACAGCUCUCAGAGGUCACCACAGACUGAGUUCAUGCUUUAUUUAAGGCCUAUCUUGUUCACCAGUGCAGUAGCAUCAAGGUCCAGUUAGAACACCCAGGUCUGGCUACCCAGGCAGGUGGAUACAUAAAGCCAGUCAUUAUGAUCUAAGAGGCCUCCUUCACUGCAUGCACCACUCUUCUGAGUCACAUCAGGCCUGAGGUACAGCUGUUCAGGAGUUCCAACUGCCAGCUGCUGCUGUGGAGUAGGGGCCAUAAGGUCCAAGUUCUGACAACGAAAGAUCUCACAGCAUGGAAUAUGGGCGCCAGGACACCCAGAACUUCCUGGAAUACAGAGACUGAGGGGGAGGCCGACACCGAAGUCCCGCACGCGUGUAGGUCACCGCGAACUCCUUGGACUGAAGACCCGAGGGCCAAGGUCCGCAGAGGAGAGCAGCAGCCCUAUCGGACGCCGCAGAGGCAGCCCCGCGGGCCCGGCCCGACAAAGUGCUGGCGAGCUGCGACGUGACCUGCCGGCCGCGUGGGUGCCCGAGCGAGCGAACGAGGUAGCUGGCGAAGGACGCGACCUGAACCCUGGGCCCUGCGGGACUCCAGCCGUGUCACGUACACGCUUGGCGGCGCGAACCGCGCAUAACGAUACUUGGAUUUGAACUGCAUUUUGGAAUUCAUCUACACUUAAAAUGCCACCAGCAGUUGGAGGUCCAGUUGGAUACACUCCCCCAGAUGGAGGCUGGGGGUGGGCAGUAGUAGUUGGAGCUUUCAUUUCCAUCGGCUUCUCUUAUGCAUUUCCCAAAUCCAUUACUGUGUUCUUCAAAGAAAUUGAAGGCAUAUUCAAUGCCACCACAAGUGAAGUAUCAUGGAUAUCCUCAAUCAUGUUGGCUGUCAUGUAUGGUGGAGGUCCGAUCAGCAGUAUUCUGGUGAAUAAAUAUGGCAGCCGUCCAAUCAUGAUUGUUGGUGGCUGCUUGUCAGGCUGUGGCUUGAUUGCAGCUUCAUUCUGUAAUACUGUUAAGGAACUUUACUUGAGUGUUGGAGUCAUUGGAGGUCUUGGGCUUGCCUUCAACUUGAAUCCCGCUCUGACCAUGAUUGGCAAGUAUUUCUAUAAGAGGCGACCGCUGGCAAAUGGACUGGCCAUGGCUGGCAGCCCUGUGUUCCUCUCCACCCUGGCCCCCCUCAAUCAGGCUUUCUUUGGUAUCUUUGGCUGGAGAGGGAGCUUCCUAAUUCUCGGGGGCCUCCUCCUAAACUGCUGUGUGGCUGGAGCCCUGAUGCGACCAAUAGGGCCCCCAGCAACAAGUGCGGGGAAAAGGUCCAAAGAAUCCCUUCAGGAACCUGGGAAAUCUGAAGAGAAAAAGGGGUCAAGUGAUGCAAAUACAGAUCUUAUUGGAGGAAACCACAAAGAAGAGAAACGGUCAGUUUUCCAAACAGUUAAUAAAUUCCUGGAUUUAUCUCUGUUCACACACAGAGGCUUUUUGCUAUACCUAUCCGGAAAUGUGCUCAUGUUUUUUGGACUGUUUACCCCUUUGGUCUUUCUUAGUAAUUAUGGCAAGAGUCAACAUUACUCUAGUGAGAAGUCUGCCUUCCUUCUUUCCAUUCUGGCUUUUGUUGACAUGGUAGCUAGACCUUCUAUGGGACUUGUAGCCAACACCAAGUGGAUAAGACCUCGAGUUCAGUAUUUUUUUGCGGCUUCUAUUGUUGCAAACGGAGUGUGUCAUCUGCUAGCACCUUUAUCCUCCAGCUACAUUGGGUUCUGUAUCUAUGCUGGAUUCUUUGGAUUUGCAUUUGGGUGGCUCAGCUCCGUGUUAUUUGAAACCCUGAUGGACCUCGUCGGACCCCAGAGGUUCUCCAGCGCCGUGGGAUUGGUGACCAUUGUGGAAUGCUGUCCUGUCCUUCUGGGGCCACCACUUUUAGGUCGUCUGAAUGACAUCUACGGAGACUACAAAUACACCUAUUGGUCAUGUGGUGUGAUCCUUAUUGUAGCAGGCAUCUAUCUCUUCAUUGGCAUGGGCAUCAAUUACCGACUUGUGGCGAAAGAGCAGAAAGCAGAGGAGCAGCAGAAAAAGGAAAGCAAAGAGGAGGAGACAAGUGUCGAUGCUGCUGAGAAGACAAAAGAAUAUGCAGCAGAAUCUGCAGAGCAGAAGGACACAGAAGGAAGUCCCAAAGAGGAGGAGAGUCCCGUCUAAACCUGUGCGGCCCAAGGGUCAAUGAAGUAGCUGUGACCCAAGAUAUCUGAAAAUAUCUAUUGGCCUGUAUUCCAGCAGUGGUGCUCAAUGACGAUAGUGGGCAUGUGUGUGCGAAUCAUACCAGCUGUUCAUGGAUGGAAUUUUUGUUUCACUCCUUACCAGUAGCCUGAAUUAAAAAUGCCAUACCUUUGGGGAGGGAGUGGUUGGCAAAGAAUGAGAGAAGGCAGUAGUGUGGUGGUUUUUUGUUUGUUUGUUUGUUUGUUUGUUUAAAUCCUAGCUUUUAACAGUGUCCAGAAGAUUAUAAUAUGUGCCUUAAGUUUUACUCUUAAGAACUCUUUAGGGAGCCUUAACUUUUUAAACCAUUCUGCUGAAUUCAUCUAUUUUAAGUGUUACAUUAGAAGGAAGAAUAACAACUAACUUGUUUGAGACAAAUCUAAAAUUUAAAAUUAAUCUUGCUUCAUUGUUAUUUGUAAUAUACUGUCAGACAUCAUCACUGGAAGAUUUAUGAAUAGAAAUAUUGGUUGGAAGUUGGGAUAUUAUAAAAUCCUGACUAAAAUAUUUUCCCCGUAUCAGUAGUUGCCUGGUAUAGUGCCUGCUAGCUAUAUAUUUAGGAAAUUUAAAGCAUACAACUUUGGAAACAAGUUGGCAGUUCUAGGUACAUUGUACUCAACAGCAUCCCUCUGGAAUCUUUUCUUAGGAUGCUAAUAUUAUUAGUGCUUGAGAAUUUAUUUCAUUAAAUUACUGUUUUCCCUUUUCAAAGACACAUUUUGAAUGGUUAUAGACCAUUGCCCCCUUUGAAAUUACUUAGUACUUUGCACUCUAAAAGUUAAUUUUUAAAUAUGCAAAACUAUGUAUUUGUGCCUCCUUAGUAAACACAACACAUCUAAUUAAAUGUAGACAGAUACUUCAAACAGCAGCAGAAUUCAGCUUCAGUUUUACCAAAACCUUAGUUAAACUGUGAGGCUUGGAAUUUUUGUUGGUGGUGGUGUUCCUGGAAUUUCCCCCCAUUGAUUCGUAGUGGUUCCGUUUAUAUCUGCGUCUAGCUCAGAGCUGUGUGUGAGAUACUCAGUCUUUGUGUGUUUAGGUUUUUGGUUUUUUUUUAUAUUUGCUAAUUAAAGCCAGAGUGAUUUGGCCCCAGGCAAACCAGUAAGAGUAAGAUUGGGAGAGAAGUUGCUCCGUUUCUUUUACUGAGAAGGCCUGAAAAAAAAAUUAUGUUUUGCUUAUAAUUAUUAGACAUAGUCUUACUACUUCA